AGCAGCAGGAGGUAAACGCAGGACUGAAAGAGGCUUGUUGAGAGAGCGCUCAGACUGAAGCUUUGACCCACACUCCAUCUGUCUAUAAUCUAUCUAUUAUAAACAACGGGAACCUUUACAUGGCAGCCUCAUAUGGUCCAGAACCAAGUCUGUCCCAAGUGGUUGUGCUGUUACUGGGUAAGAAACAAAGUGGGAAGAGCUCUGCAGGAAACAGCAUCCUGGGAAAACCAGCCUUUCACAAGAAGACUACUCACAGCUCCAAGAAGAACGGCACUGUCUCUGGAAUACAAGUGAAUAUACAGGUUUACAGUUUGGAUUUACUUCAACUUUAAAUCUUGUCUUUACUCUCUUUGACCACAUUUUAUAAAGCAGGUGACAGUGGUGGACACCCCAGGGUGGCUGUCCCACUCCACCACUCCAGACAGAGUGUCCCAGCAGCUCCGCAGAGGUCUGAGCCUCUGCCACCCAGAGCCUCAUGUCAUCCUGCUGGUGCUGCCCAUCUCCUCUAGCUUCGGCCAAGAGGAGUGGAAGGCCAUGGAGGCCCAGCUCAGACUGCUCCAAACCCCCAUCUGGCAGCGAGCCAUGGUCCUCUUCACCCAUGGAGACAAGUUAGGAGGCCUGCCUAUCCAGGAGCACAUAAGGCAACAAGGUCGGACCCUCCAUUGGCUGCUGGAGCGAUGUGGGAACAGAUACCAGGUUAUGACCAACCCCAGGGCCUCAGAGGCUCAGGUUACAGAGCUCAUUGAGAAGAUCCAAAGGAUGAUGGAGGCUAACAAACGUCCCAAAGAGAUCCAGGACAGGAUGUACACCCAACUGAGACGAGAUCUGAGCAUGAACGGGGAGAGAAGGUGGCAGGGAAGACAAGAGGAGAUAGAAUUGACAGUGCUGCAUGAUGUGCAUGAUGGGAAGCCAAGAGAAAGGAAGCAAGUGGCCUCAGGAUGGAUGCAUAUGCCCCAAGGAUCCCCAGCAGGGCAGGUUGGUUUUAAUCCUGCUCUUAGCCUCAUCCUGCUGGGAAGGAGGAAGUCAGGGAAGAGCACAGCAGGCAACAUGAUCCUGGACAGAGAAGAGUUUCAGAUCACCCGUAAGACCACCAGGUGCUCUGUCGGCCAUGGAAAAGUAUCCGGGCGGCCCGUCACGGUGGUGGACACCCCCGGGUGGAGUCUGUUUGGCCUGGCCAACCCCGAGCAGGUCAGGACGGAGAUCAGCCGGAGCCCUUCCCUCUGCCCUGUGAGGAGCAAAGUGUGUUUCCUGCUGGCUGUGCCGGUGGGCUCGUUCAAAGAGAGAGACAGGAGAGCUGUGGAGACGUACCUCAGCACUUUGGGGGACGAUGUGUGGACAAGAACCGUGGUGCUGUUCACCUAUGGAGAGGAGCUGAGAGGGAGGACAGUGGAGAGACACAUCGAGGAGAAGGGAGAGCCUCUGCAGUGGGUGCUGGACAGAUGUGGCCUCCGGCAUCAUGUGUUUGAUACAAAUACAGGAGAUGAUACUCAAGUAAAUCGGCUACUGGAGAUGGUGGAGCACCUUUAGAAAUGAUAAAAAUAUCAUUAUAUGAAAUAUCAUAGACAAUAAAGAAAUAAAGUGUGGUGAGACAUUAUAUUUACUUGCCAUUUGUUAGACAAUAUCUCAUAUAUAUCUGUCUUUAUUACAAUUAUUGUUGAUUCCAAUCUAUUGGAAUAUGUCUUGUACUUGUCACUGGCUUAUGCAGUUAAUAUUUCUACUGUACAAUACUGUUUUAUGACAGAUUUAAAUUCUGCAGUUCAUAUUAGUCCAUGGAGGACGUUGAUGCUGGUUAGCACUGUGGCCUCACAGCAACAGGUUCCAGGUUUGAACCGGCUGGCUCCAGCUGGGUCUUUGCGUGUGGAGUUGGCUUGAGCUCCCUGUCUGUGUUGGUUUCCUUCGGGUAUAUCAGAUUCCUUUAGCCACCUUUGAAUUUUGAUCCAGCACAGUGCCACUGGAGGGCAGUGUGUAUGAAAAGUGUGUGAGAUAAUGAUUUCUUUUUUUCCUUUUUUUUUAAAUCUGCACGUUGGUGGCUGUAUAUUUUGGAUUUAUAUUUGAAAUCAUGCAUAUGAAAGUCUGUAGUUGUUUAUUAUAUAAUAAAGUGAAAUCCAUGUCUGA